AUGAAGAACAACGUCACCCUUGCCACCAUCAGCAAAAACAUUACCAACAGCCUUCACUUCGGACUCGUGAACUUCAUCGGCAAUGAGUCGACCUUUAACUGUUCGCACAAGCCGUCAGAUAAGCAUUUAGAUGCAAUUCCUAUCCUCUACUAUAUUAUUUUUGUGAUUGGAUUUCUUGUCAAUACUAUUGUGGUUACGCUGUUCUGUUGUCAAAAGGGUCCCAAAAAGGUGUCCAGCAUUUACAUCUUCAACCUGGCUGUGGCUGACUUGCUGCUGUUGGCCACUCUUCCUCUCUGGGCCACCUAUUACUCUUACAGAUAUGACUGGCUCUUUGGACCUGUGAUGUGCAAAGUGUUUGGUUCUUUCCUGACCCUGAACAUGUUUGCAAGCAUUUUUUUUAUCACCUGCAUGAGCGUUGAUAGGUACCAGUCUGUCAUCUAUCCCUUUCUGUCUCAGAGAAGAAAUCCCUGGCAAGCGUCUUAUAUUGUUCCCCUUGUUUGGUGUAUGGCCUGUCUGUCCUCAUUGCCAACAUUCUAUUUCCGAGAUGUCCGAACCAUUGAGUAUUUGGGAGUGAAUGCCUGCAUUAUGGCCUUCCCCCCCGAGAAAUAUGCCCAAUGGUCAGCUGGGAUUGCCUUAAUGAAAAAUAUCCUUGGUUUUAUUAUCCCUUUAAUAUUCAUAGCCACAUGCUAUUUCGGAAUCAGAAAACACUUACUGAAGACCAAUAGCUAUGGGAAGAACAGAAUAACUCGUGACCAGGUCCUGAAGAUGGCAGCUGCUGUUGUCCUCGCGUUCAUCAUCUGUUGGCUCCCCUUCCACGUUCUGACCUUCCUGGAUGCUCUGGCCUGGAUGGGUGUCAUUAAUAGCUGUGAAGUUAUAGCAGUCAUUGACCUGGCACUUCCUUUUGCCAUCCUCCUGGGAUUCACCAACAGCUGCAUUAAUCCCUUUCUGUAUUGUUUUGUUGGUAACCGGUUCCAACAGAAGCUCCGCCGUGUGUUUAGGGUUCCAAUUACUUGGCUCCAAGGCAAGCGAGAGAGUGUGUCGUGCCGAAAAAACAGCUCCCUUAGAGAAAUGGAGACCUUUGUGUCUUAA